GCCCCAUCAACAGCGUCAUCACCAUUACAUGAUGGGGCUGCGCCUGCUGCGACCCUUCGCCCUCGACUCUUUUGGACUUUCUCUUCGUCCAACAAUGCUUGCUCUUUGCACUCCCUUUUCAUUCCACUGACAAUGGCAGACUUUACGAGCUCAUCCUUCCGGGAUACCGUCGACCCUGAUCCCAGGGAGGCGAACAUCCUGUCCCAACACCUCGACCCACAGUUCACCGCUUCGUUGCAGGAGGAACUCGCCCCUCCCGAUGCCCCCGACGAGCACAACUCCGGCGAGUCCGGCCCCGAGCCUCAGUCUUCCUUGAGACUCCAAGGCGGCGAUAUCCACCGGGACCUGUAUCGCAUCGACGCCCGUUCCAAGCAGGCCCGCCUCGACAAACGAGCCCUGACCUUCUCCCACCUUCCCCGCCAGAACGACGAUGCCGUCGAGGAGAGCGUCGCUGCGCUCGAACCGGGCAGCUUCCGACGGCACUUCCUGCAGAACAAGUACGGUCGGCUGGAUGGACGUGGCGUGACGGCCUCCUUCCUCGACUUCUUGGACAACUACGGCAACUUCGCGGGCGAGGACUUGGUUGAUACAGAUGAGGAGGAAUCGGCGAUCGCGGAGGAAGAAGAACGGGAGGCCCACGAGCGGAGCCCGUUGCUGCGUCGUAGGAAGAGCGCCCGCGUCAGUCGACCCGGGGAUGCGUCCAACGUGAAGACCUUCUUCACGCUGCUCAAGGCCUUCGUGGGCACGGGCAUCAUCUUCCUCCCCAAGGCCUUCCGCAACGGAGGGAUCCUGUUCUCAUCCAUCACGCUCGUCACAGUAUCGCUGAUCAGCACCCUGUGCUUUCAUCUGUUGUUGGAAUGUCGCAGACGGUACGGCGGAGGCUACGGUGACAUUGGAGAACACAUCGCCGGCCCGCGCGCACGGUCGCUGAUCCUGUCGUCGAUCGCCAUCUCGCAGUUCGGGUUCGUGUGCGCGUGCAUCAUCUUCACGGCGGAGAAUGUCCACUCCUUCAUAACAGCGGUGAGCUCCGCGCCGCCCGAGGCGCUGACCACGGGGGCUCUGAUCGGGCUGCAGCUGGUGGUGUUGGUCCCGAUGGCGUUGAUCCGGAACAUCUCCAAGCUGGGGCCCGUGGCACUACUGGCGGACGUGUUCAUCCUGAUGGGACUCAGCUACAUCUACUGCUACGACAUCGCGAGCCUGGCCUCACACGGGCUGGCGUCGACGGUGGAGCUGUUCAACCGGCAGUCGUUCACCCUGACCAUCGGGUCGUGCAUCUUCACCUUCGAGGGCAUCGGGCUGAUCCUCCCGAUCCAGUCGUCCAUGAAACACCCCGAGCACUUCGACCGCCUCCUCUACCUGGUCAUGGGGAUCACCACCGUCCUCUUCACGGCGGUCGGGGCGCUCUCGUACGCCACCUUCGGCGCGGACACCAAGACGGAGAUCAUCAGCAACUUCCCGCAGGGCGACCGGUUCGUCAACGCGCUGCAGCUGAUCUACUCGCUGGCCAUCCUCAUCAGCACGCCGAUUCAGCUGUUCCCCGCCGUGCGCAUCCUGGAGGGCAAGCUGUUUGGCCAGGGAUCGGGCAAGCGGGACCCGAUGAUCAAGUGGAAGAAGAACGUGUUCCGGACAAUAGCCGUGCUGGGCUGCGGGGUGUUGUCCGCCGUGGGCGCUGGGGACCUGGACAAGUUUGUCUCGCUGAUUGGCUCGUUCGCCUGCGUGCCGCUGGUAUACAUCUACCCGGCGUAUCUGCACUACAAGGGGGUGGCGCAGUCGCCGUGGGCCAAGCGCGGCGACAUUGCGAUGGUGGUGCUAGGCUUUGGAUUCAUGAUCUACACGACAUCUGCGACGGUGUCAGUCUGGGUGGGGAGUUCUUAGCUUUUGCUUGGUUGUGCAUUCGGUGGUGCAUUCAGUGGUGCAUUCGGUGUGGUGGCCAGCAUUGGGCAUUUCUGGUGGUCGCAUGUAUUGCUUUAUGCCAUUGUUUGAGUGGAGGACGACCAGCAUGUGUGGAGGGGUUGCUGUGAUG